AUGCCGCCGCGCUACUUCCGCAACAAAACCAUUGCUCUUUGCCUUUUUCUCGUUGCCAGCGACUCAAUCGGCUUUUCCUGCACACAUACGUAUCUCUACUCUUGGGCAACCGUAGCGCGCAACUUCACCGCUCGAGACGCAACGUUCUUCCAGUAUACCCAUGGCGUUAUGCAGUGUGUGACAGGGAUCAUCGCCGGACUUGCCAUGGCAUACACGCGUCGGUACAAGUGGCUGCUCGUUUCAGGAGCAGUCAUCCGCCUCAUCGGUUACGGUGUCAUGCUUCGGUUGCGAGGCGCCGAUAACUCUGUCGCGGAGCUCUUCAUCGUGCAAUUAAUUCAAGGCAUGGGAUCUGGAUUCAUGCAGUUGUCAGUUCUUGUACCUGCACAAGUCGUCGUGCCGCAUCGUGAGAUGCCUCAGAUUACCGCUCUUGUAAUCUGCUUCUCAGUCAUUGGAAGCAGCAUCGGUGGCUGUAUUUCUGGUGCCAUCUAUACGAACACAUUCAAGCCAGCGUUAUAUCAAUACCUCGGAGCUGGGACCUCAUCUCAACUAGUCAACUCCUUGUUUGACUCAAUUGUUGGAACAGUCCCUGCAUGGGGCACUCCACAGCGAACUGCCAUCAACCACGCGGUAUAUUAUGCCUUCCAACAACAGCAGAUUUCGAUCACUAAUCCUAUAAUUGAACAGUUUACCGAUGUGAUGAAGUACAUGGUUUACACUGCUGUCGGAGCAUCGGCCCCUGGUGUUAUUCUAGUCUGGUUCCUGCCGAAUUUUGAGUUGCCGUAA